AUGCAUUCAAGUGAUUCUUCAUCACCGCAGGAAGAAAUGGCUUCUACCAAUCAAUCGGAGCCAAUUGGCCCAAACCCUGAAAUGCAUAAGGAAAACGAUCCAAGCCCACUUGAAAUGUCUAAAAAUCGUCCUUUCCAAAUUGAAAGUUCCGGCUACACAUCAAAGAAACACCAGAUUUAUCUUGAAGAAAAGUCGAAAAACCUACAAAUUCCAACAGCUAAAGAGUGCGAACUCACACCAAAGUAUAUGUUUGAAGAGGCAGUUUUUAUUCUUCACAUGUGCUACAAUUGUAGAGUAUUGAAUCGCACACAACCCGCCCCACACAUUGACGAAGACUAUCAGAAAAUUGUUCCACUACCUCCAUCGCCUCUGCCAGCAACACCAACAGUGAGGAAGUCUAGAAAGUCGAAAGCUCCAAAACAAUGGGGAGUGACGUUGCGGGAACAGCGAGCCACCUGUUGCAUUUUUCGUCGAUUCCAUCUAGGCCGACCGUCUGAAGAUAUAGUGAAGCUCCCCGCAUUUCAUACACACAAACAAGAGCCAGAGAGAAGACCAAUACUUCAACGACAGUUUGGUGUGUCAGGUGAUGACGUCACUGAAGAGCUCAAUGAUUCAUUUUUAAGUCUUAGAAUAUAA